GUUAAGCGGUGUGUGGACGACGUUAGGUUCGUUUCCGACUCUCCGCCCCAUGGCCCAGGCGUCUCGUUCUGGUGGCCUUCUGCCUCCACUCGCUAACGUGCCCUCGCCGUGGGCGCAGCCCGGGGGCGCCCGGGAGGAGGGGUGCGUGGGAAGGCGGGUGUGCGCAGCCCGGGGCAGGCACGCUUGGUGGCCGGCGCCCGCAGACGCGGGUGAGGACGCCGAGGUCGGCACUGCAGACUGGAGGCGGGAGGCCUCGUCUGGCGGCCCGAUUCCUCCAGCGCUGCAGCGUCUCCGGACGGCGUUGCUGCGGCUGCACCGGGAACGGGAGCAGCUCCGGCAGGCCCGGGACUGCGCCCGCCACCUGCAGGCGGUUCUGCGCCUGCUGGGACCCGGCACGUCUGCAUGCGACCCUCACUCCUUGCCCCAGCUCUGUAGGGACCUGCAGCUUCACCCCUUCCGCGGGACCGUACCACAAAUUGGCCUUCGGGACACCCCUAAGAUGCUACUCCUAGCUCGCUUGGUCGGACUAGCUGCCCAGCGCCUGGAAGCUGCCAUCGAGGUACAGCUUCGCGCUGUGGGCCGGGCACCUGCCAGCCUGGCCUUGAUGUCCCAACUGGCCGAUCUGCUGCAGGCACUUCCUGUCUACCACGGGCUACAGGGAAAAGCCAUGAACCACAUCCCCAGGGCAGCGCGCCCUUUUCCACAGGCCCGCGUGCUCCGUCUCCUGGCCGCGGAACGGGGUGGCCAGGUGGCAGAUAGACUGGAUGUGGCGCUCAGGGGAUCGGGCUUGCAGGACCAACUCCGCAAGCAGUGCGUGGAGGAGCGGAUUCUGCUACCCGGGUUGCUGGGACUCCUAGGGGGCGUGGCCGGUACAGACAGUGCCCUGGGACUUGGAGAGGCUGGAUCCCUGUGGAGCCAGUAUUGGACCUUGCUGUGGGCAGCCUGUACCCAGAGCCUAGACUUAAUUCUGGGACCCUGGAGGGACCCCAGGGCAGUUGCACAACAGCUGAGUCAGGUUCUAGGUCAGGCAUCCCUGCCUCAGGAGUGUGAGAAGGAGCUGACUUCUUUAUAUCACAGUCUACUUCAUCAGUCUCUUAUCUGCAGCUGGGACCAAGGUUUCUGCCAGGCCUUGGGAUCAGCCCUUGGAGAUCAGACCAGCCUUGCCACACCCUCUCAUACUACAGAACUGUUGCAGCAGCUCUUUCCUCCUCUCUUGGACACCCUCCAAGAACUUAGGUCGAGACAUAGCCUAUGUCACACUCCAGGUCCUGAAGCUGUCGCCCUGGGGCUGUGUACCCUGCAGACCACCUUACUCUGGUUCUGGGGUAGAGCUCAGCAGCACCUGGCAGCAUGGGACCCAGGAUCUUUCCUGCUCCUGAUCCAGAAGGACUUACCUCCUCUAUUGCAUGAGGUGGAAGCUCUUUGCACCCUGGCCUCAGAGGGAAGCUUAACUCUGGAGAUGCAGAAGCUGACUGCACAGAUGCAGUUUCUGCCUGAAGAGUCACUAAGUCUCUUUUAUCAAGAAUGUCACAAACAAGCCACACGGGGAUUCAAGCUCCACAUGCCACAGGGUCGGUACUGGAGGCUUCGUCUCUGUCCUGAACUCCCCAGUGCUCCUAGUGAGUAUGCUGCCAUGGUGGUCCGCCCUCUACUGGAGCCUGUGUUGCAAGGAUUGCAGGGAUUGCCACUCCAAGCCCAGGCCCCUGCCCUCGGUCAGGCACUGACAGCCAUCCUGGGUGCCUGGCUUGACCACAUCCUCACCCAUGGGAUUCGGUUCAGCCUGCAGGGGGCGCUGCAGCUCAAACAAGACUUUGGAGUGGUCAAAGAAAUGCUUGAGGAGGAACAAUGGGGCCUGUCCCCAGAGCUUCGCCAGUCUCUGCUUAUGCUCAGCAUCUUCCAGCAGCUCGAUGGGGCCUUGCUGUGUCUGCUUCAGCAGCCUCUGCCCAAGGUUCCAGUCCACAGAAGGCCUUCCUGUUGCUGUGUUUGUAAUGAGGUCCAGGCGACAGACUUGAGCAGCAGCAGCCUCAACAGCCUGGAAAGCUUGGCACACCCUCUACGGCCUGGAGCACUCCCAGCCCAGACAACUCACCUGCUGAGCACUCCGGGAGGAGGGGGACCUAGUCCUGAGGCUUACUUGGUGGGAAAUCAGCAAGCCUGGCUUGCCCUGAGGCUGCACCAGCACCCUCGUUGGCACCUGCCUUUUCUUUCCUGCCUUGGGGCAAGUCCUGAAUCUUAAAUUGCCUAGGAUCUGAGUUGGAAAAACCUGAAGACAUGAGUAGUUUCAUUUUAAAGAGAUCUAGAAUUGGGAGUUUGCAGGAACACAAUACAUACACUACAGAGCCUCGAGUUACAAGCAAAUACUCCAAGCUCACUCCAGCACCUGCAACCCAGCAUCAAGGGCAAACUUACAUUUCUGGGAGGCUCAGGUCUAGUUCCCCUUCAGUGAAGACCUCAGGGCAAACAUGGGAGAAGGAUCUCAGGGGACAGGGAAAGGGGUUGGGGGAGGGUGGGGAGACCAAUGGAAAACAGAAGUUAAACGCUGCUUCCUGGUAAAUCUCAAGAGCUAGCCAGGCCAAAAAGUUAAUG